AUGGCAGCCUGCUUCAUCCAGUAUUUCCCGCUCCUCUUCCUGCUGGGCUUCACCCCCUACUCAGAUACUCUUAUCUGUAAGGAGGGGGUCAUGGUGACAUUUGGCUCUGGCUUCCCUAAGACAGUUGUUGACUGGACCUCACAGGGAACCAAGAUUGCUGGACCUAAGGAGGCAUGUUAUGAGACCCUCAUACUAGUAGACAUAGGUCCAAAAUCUCUCCUAGUGGGAAGCAAAGGUUCAGGCAUCCCUAAGGAUGAGGAUGUCCAAAAUAUCCGUAUGUAUGAUUACUCAGGUGUCAGUAUGUAUCCUGAUAAUGGCACUGUCAUUAUGUAUUCUGAUGGUCCUGGAAUUUUGGCUGCCAUGUAUCACGAGACCUGUCACACUGAUCUGUGCAACAGCGAUAACACCACCAGAAUCCUGCUUAAGGGCCUUCGUGUUGCAGCCUCCUAUCAGUCAGAUAGGAACAGGUGUCCUGUGUGCUUGCACUAUCAGGGCUCCUGCCGCCAGAACUUUGUCUUCUGUCCAAAGGACACUGGUUGUUAUGACGGUGAAAUUGCCAUUGAAGGAGGUGGGGUCAAUGCCAAUUUUAGCAUUAAAGGAUGUCUGGACGUGACUACUGAAGUAAUAUUUAAGGCAGACGAAACACUUGGGAUCUUCAGCGUCUCGGAAAACGUGAACUCAAUGACUGCAGCUCGUCUGGGUUCUGCUUCUACCAGGCAGCUGGUCUGGUCUCUGAGUCUCCUUUGCAAUUUACUGCCUGCCCUGGCUGAGAGGGGCCUGGAGGAACUGGUUGGAUUCUGGGACUUCCUGAAGUUAUUUUGA